AUGGCUUCGUCGGCAGCAGUGUUGCUGGGCAGGCAGUUAAAGCAGAUGCAAUCAGACAAGGACCUACCGGGAAUCAGCUGUGGACUAGUGGACAACAAUGUUUUCCAGUGGGAAGUUAUGCUCAUGAUGAACGACGACUGCAAAUAUUAUGGAGGAGGAUUCUUUCGCGCCCGCCUGUCUUUUCCGCCAGAGUAUCCACUGAUGCCACCGAAGAUGAAGUUCGAAACACCUAUUUUCCAUCCCAAUAUAUACCCGAAUGGAGACGUCUGCAUCUCAAUACUACAUCCUCCAGAAGACGAUCAAUAUGGAUAUGAAAAGGCAUCAGAACGAUGGAGUCCAGUCCAAAGUCCCGAGACCAUAUUGAUAUCAGUGAUCAGCAUGUUGAAUUCACCGAACGACGAGUCUCCCGCAAAUGUGGACGCAGCCAAAAUGUGGCGGGAAGAUCCCAAGGGAUUCCGGCGGAAAUGCCAGCGACUCGUCAGGGAGAGUCUCGGGGACGAGUAA